GCUCUUCUUCUUCUCCCCUGCAACUGGCAAAACCCCCAAGCCCGACAGCCCUCCCUUGAAGAAAAACCAGUAAAAGCUUGGGAAUUUCUCCUUAUUUUCUUGCUCUAGAACCCAAAUUGAACCCAGAACCAAAUUGAACCCAGAAAUUCCCCCCCCCCCCUCUCUGCUGGAAAUUCCAGAUCUGCUCUGCUCUGUCUUCCCCGUCGGCUGCUCUUGCUUGUGGGUGUGAUUUUCGGUCUUUCUUGCCCCGUGAAUUGCCCCUGCAGAUUGCCGCCGGCUUCUCCCCCUACUAGGCCCGGUUCUGCAGCUGGAAAAUUUUGGUAUGUUGACAGCCCCUCCAAGCUUGAAAUCUCAUCAAUUGGUUGCUGAAUUAUCCAUGUAAUUAUUGCCUUGUGAUGUCCAAAAUUCUGCAGAAAAAUGGAUGAAUUCCGUGAAUUAGCUAGUGUUUUGGCCAAUUUUGAAAGUGCAGUUACUGUUUAUGGGCACUGUUCACGGUACUGUUCAUGCACUGAUGACCAACACUUAAUGGGGAUUAAAUGAUUAGUUUGUAAUAUAAGAACAAAUUUGGAGAUAUUUGAUCAUGUGGAGAUUGAUAGGAAUAGCAUCGUGAUUAGGCGGUAGUCAUGGUGAUUUUACUUUUGAAUCCGUGGUACGGUAAUUAAUUCUGGAAUAUUUUGAUUAGGUUCUUGAUCAUUGGUUGCCCUAGCACUUGGAUUGAGUCCUCGGUUUAUGGAGUGAAUUUUCUAUGUUAUGCGAUUUGAGAUAAGUAAAUUUAUGGUAAUGCCCGUACAGUUUUUAAAAGCAUGUUUUGAUUUGUUUUGAAGUGAUGGCGGGACUAAACCCGUUUUACACAAAUAUGAGCAUGACUGAUUUGAAAUGGAAUUAUUAUGUUUUUCAUUAAAUUGAGCAUGCCUACUUGAAGUUUAAUUGAUUGUCCUGAUGAUUUGAAAGUGAUUGGUGAAUUAUGAUUUUUCUGUUAACUUCAGCCUGUUUUGUCUCCGAUGUGGUCAUGUUAUUAGUGACCCUGCUAAUGGGGGUUAAACGCUAGCACAUGUCGACAUGUUAGUGAUAGAGCCGGUUCGUUCGAGUGACCCUGCUAGUGGGGAUUAUACACUAGUAAAUCGUGUGCCUGCCAGUGGGAGGUUUAUAACAUUGGCCAUGACCUAUAAAGGAAACGUCUAUUUCGUUUCCGUACUCGUACCUGUUUUUCGUGAUUAUAUUGGUUGGCAUGCUAUAAGUUUAAUAAGGGCACUCCAUAUUUUACUUACUGAGUUUAUCUCAUAGUUUUUCCUUGUCCACCGUUUCAGGAUGCGAAGUCAAGGACGGGGAAAAGCGAGGGGAGUGACGAGUUAGAAAGCUAGCCAUCUUGUAAAUUGAUAUAGAUUUAGAAAUAAAUCAUGCUCUUGUAAGCUAAAGUGUAUUUGGAGAUUUUAUGAUAUCAGAACAGAUUUUAAAAUUUUAUCUUCAGAUUUUGUGGUAUCAGAUUAUGAUAUG